AUGGAUUCACAAAUAUAAUACAAAGAAGAAAUGACUAAAAUUAUGCAGAUUCUUGAAAAGACAAAAGAAAAAUCUGCUCAUGAGUAAGACCUAUUUAAAAACAGAAUGCUUGAAAAGGAUGAUAUUUUGAAUGAAGCCAAAAAAUAAUUCGAAUAAACUACUAAAUAAUUUGAAAAUGAAAAUGCUGCUCUCAUUACUUAACUAUCAUAUGACAUAAAAUUACUGUUUUAUCUAUAAGCUAACAAGACUCUCAAAGAAUAGCCUAAGAAAAUCUGUGAUCUUGAACUCAAAAUCAAAGACUUAAAUCCAAAUUGCAAGAAAGCAAUAGACAAUAUAUAAAUCGCUAGAACAUUGAAGUAACAGUAUACCUUACUAUCUAUAGCUAAAAAAUCUAUUCAAGCAUCCUCAAAGCAUUAGGAAUAAUUAAUAUUCAAUGAUGAAGAAUUAUAAAAAUCUAAAUAGCUUUAACAAAGAAUUCUUUAAGAUAAUUCUUACUCAAAGUUGAAAUUAGAGUCUUUUUUGUAGAUGAAUUCUAAAAGCAAGUCAAAUGAAUUAGAGAAUCUCAAAAAUCAAAUCCUAGAGAAAGAUUAAGAAAUCGAAUUACUAAAAUAGUAAUAGAAAUCAAUGGCAACCCAAUUGAAGAUUAGUUAAGGCUAUGCAACUAGAUUCAAACAAAGAAAUAAGCAAUUAGAAAUGGAAAAUACAGAACUAUUGAAAUCUAAGGAUAACUUAGAAACUCUGUUCUUAGAAAUACUUGAUCAAACCAAAUAAAAUCAAAUGUAAAGAAUUAAUAGUUACAAUUUUCAUGAAAUCAUUCCUUAUAUUAUAUCAGCUUUAUCGAAUAAUCCUACUAAGUAUUAAAUGAAUUUACUCACAUAAAGAAAUAAUUAUAUGCAAGAAAACACCUCAACUCAUUCACAAGAAAACAGAUCGUCAAGUCAAAAAUCCAAUAACACUACUCCCAAUAAAGUGGCUAAAACAAGAGAUGUGUCCUUUAAACGAACCAUCCUAGUGAGUGGAUCGAAAAAAACUACUCAUUCAGUUUCUUAAGAAAAUAUUAAUUCUAAAUAAUCUAAUAAAGCACUCAAUGAAAUACAAGAACCUGAUGAAAGCUAAUAAUAAAAUAAAUCGUAAUCUUCACAGGAGCCUUAAGAGUAGUAAAUAUUGCAAGACUAACAGCAAAGUUUAUAAUAACAACAGGAGCACAAAGAAGAUCAAAUAUAUGAAGACUAAGAAAACAAUGAAGAAGUUGCAGAUUUCAUUGAUGACGAUAAUGAUCUUAAAUGA